AUGUCCAUCAGCAUCCCCGCCACCGUCCUCCAGGGUGCAGAAUGGCACAUAUCAACUUCGACAAUCAAUGAACCCAACAGCCUCGCCGUGGUAAUGAUCAGCAUCUCGUCCCUUGUCUGGAUCCCCUUGCUCAACUGCUGGGGUCGUGCCCCAGUGCUCUUUUGGAGCACAGUCCUCGGCCUUUUCUUCACGCUAGGAUGUAUCCUUGCUCCGACCUUUCCGGUCUACUACGCCAUGCGGGCUCUGCAGGCCUUGACACAGGGAACAGGCUCGUUGAUCGGGUUGGCUCUCAUUCAGGAUAUGUUCUUCUUCCAUCAGUACGCCCGCAAGAUUGGCCUGUGGUACGCCGUCUUCCUCAUCUCGCCCUUUCUGGGGCCCAUGCUCGGCAAUUUUAUGGUUGCUGGGUUGGGUAAAUGGCGCCCGCUCUUCUGGCUGGUCUUUGCCUGGGCUGCCGGUCUCACGGCCAUGAUCUUGGCCGUUGGCGAUGAAACCUACUAUCAGCGAGAUAUGCUGCUGGGCAGACAGCCCAGGCGCUCGGGCAGUUGUCUAUGGCAGGUUGUGGGUGGAUGGCAGUUGCGAGUCCACAAGGACUACUUUGAAUCGGUCCGGUCUUCGUACGCUAGAAUGUUCUUAAUCCUCCUUCGUCCAGUUGUUACAGUCGUCUCGCUCGUCUACAGACUGCUCUUCAUGUGGAGUAUUAGCAUCAAUCAGACCUCCACAAUUCUCCUGGGGGUCUCACGGGAAACAGGGGGUUACGGCAUGAGCGCCCAGCAAAUAGGCUAUAUGUACUUUAGCCCCGUGCUCUCCGUCUGUCUAGGCGAGCUGGUCGGCCAUCGUUUAAAUGACUUUAUCGUGACUUGGUACGCUCAUCGACAUCAGGGUCGAUUCAUGCCAGAGACCCGGUUGUGGGCCACAUACCUCAGGGGCUUCUUCAUGGUGCCUGGGCUGGUUCUUGUGGGCAUCACCCUGCAGCAGCACCUUCACUGGGUGUGCAUCCUCUUUGGUUGGGCUAUGUUUCAAGGCGGUGUCAUGGUCGUCUCCGUGUCCAUGGUUGCUUACGUCCUUGAUUCCUAUCCAUCGGUUCCGGGGGAGGUCUCAGGCUGGAUCAACAUGUCCCGUGCAGCCUGUGGAUUCGCGAUCGGCUAUUUUCAACAGGUCUGGGGUCUAAAGGAAGGAUACGGCCUCUCAUUUGGGCUGCAGGCUGUGAUCUGUCUCGCUGCCUUUGGACUUAUGGUCUGCAUCCAUGUUUUUGGCCAGCGUCUACGCUUGCUUAGUGAACCCCAGCAGAAUAAUAUAUAA